AUGGUCUGCACAUGCAACAGAAACUCCGGUGACUUGCCUUUUGCGGGCGAAGAAGACUGGAUGGUAAAAUACCUCGAUACUACUGAAAGCUCUCUCGGUGACUUGAUAUCUGCCUCCACCACAGAGUCAUCUACAUUGCCUGUUGACCAUCUUCACGCUCGUCAUCCCGUGCAGCAUUCAUCCGCACCUGGUGAACCCGACUUCGUCCAACUUGUUGCUUUGUCUGAUCUGGACUUUUACUGCUUGGAUCAGAACAUCCUACCCCUUGCCUUCAACGAUGGCAGAAGUGUCACUAGCUCGCUGAGCUAUGCCAGCAGAGGGGAGCAUGCUGCUUGGACUCAUUCACUGCCAUCCACUGCUUCUAACCCCCGAGCACAAUAG